AGCUGUCAAGACUGAACAAUGGUUAACAUGAGCGAUCAUCAAUUUUUACUAAAAUAUCUACAUUCAACGUCAAGACAGUCGAGACGGCGAGCGAAUAAACGAAAAAGGAAUUAUUGGGACAAUCUAUCUCCGACGAUUUUCCAGACUUGAUUAACAAAGAAUUUCUGAAGGUCCAGUUGAAACCGUGUGGCCGACUAUCUGUGUGUUGCGACUGAUUGGCGAGAUGACUGCCGAGUGGCUACACCUGCCCCCGCCGUACCCUCCUGGUGUAGGGCCGUUAUAUGGUGCAGAGUUGGAGGCGUGGUAUGAGGACCUGCAGGAUAUUCUGGGCUCCGAUUCGGGAGGGGCAAAACUGGCACGUGCCCCCACAUGCACCGAGAAGGAGCCUGAGUUUCUGGAUGUUCUGGAGAGUUGUUCUCUGAUGUGGCUCACCGAUGGAAACCAGACAUGGGCUGAAGGCGUUCAGAAGACAACAGAAGAGCUCCACACCACCCAACCUUUGCAUCACUCCUCAUCCUCCUCUUCUUCAUCAUCCUCCUCUUGCAUGAGUCCAGCUGUUGCAGAAGAGCAGCGGGUGGAGGGCGAGAGAAGUGGCGAUGGCUCGACGGGAGGUGGCGGUGACUUGCUGCCUCCGGAGUUUUUUGAAUUGCUGAGUGAAGGAGGAGUGGGAGUGGUGGAUCAAAGUGGAGCUGUGAUCAGCGGUGGCUAUUAUUAUCAUCAUCAACAUCACCACUCUAAUAACCUCCAUCCUGCAUCUCCCUCAGCCAGCGAGGAGGAACUGCCCUGCGUCCCAGAUUCUCCCUCCUGCUCCUCUUCAGCUUCCCAGUCGCCGUCUCAAAAUUGUUCUCCUCCUUCCUCACCCGUCUCCUCUCCCUCUGUCUAUUUGUCCUCCCGAUUGGGAAAACGGAAGAGGACCACUAGCGAGAGGGCCAACAGUGCCUUGUCCUCGUUCUCCUCCUCAACACAGCGCACAUCCUACUCGUCUACCAAAAAGAGUCGCAAAGAAAGAGAGCAGGAGAACGAGAGGAAAGUACAAGAGCUGACGGAGCAGAACGAGCGUUUGAAAGCAGAGAUCGAAAGGCUGGGAGAGGAGGUACAGAAGACACGGAGAGCUCUGAUUGAGAGGCUAGUCAACACCAGGAAAUAAGAGUGGGGGGGAAAGAGACAGAUGGAAGACAGGAAUACAAGAUUAAAGGUCCUAAAGAGUUAAAAUAAGCAGUGGUGGGAAAGCUGAAAUGCAGUGGUCAGGAUAUGACAGACGGACAAAUCAAAACCAAAGAUGCAUUUUAAAAGAGUUUUAGGGAAGAAAUGUAAGUACAGAUGGCAAGAAGAACAGCGAUGAAAGUCGAGAUAAAACAUGAAAGGGUUCAAGGACAAGGGGCUGCAAUGGUAUUGCGGCAAAUUAAAAAGACACAGAAUGUAUGAAGAAGGAAAAAAGCUUGAGAUGUAAAUCAUGCAGUGGAUUUAAUGAAUGUUUUUUUUUUUUUUAAUGGAAUGAAAAAUGGGUUCAAUCAAAAUGAAUGGAAGAAAUGAUGGAACUUUAGUUGAGCGUUUACCAGAAAGGAGCUUCAGUAAGAGCAUUUCAUCGUUUCACCAUUUGCAAUAAACUGUAACUUCUUUAAGGGCUACAAUGUGGCUAGCAGAGAUUAUUUCCCCCAAUUUCUAGAGUUUUAAAGCUCAGGAAUAAUUUGAAAGUGCAAUGUGAUUAUGAGAAGUUUUUCUUUCCCACCCUAAAAAUAAAAUAAAUGACUAACAUCUCCCCCC